AUGAAUGACCAGUACAAUGGCUACCGCUGGCCAGACGAAUGGGACGAGUCCCAUGCCCAACCUCUGCGAGCGAACGAUCCCCAAGAAAUUCAGCAAGAAUUGCCUACAACAUACUCCCCGCACUCGGCAUUUGAAGAUGCAGCACACAUGGCCCAGUUUGCCUAUGCCGCUUACGUCCGGGUCCAGGAGAAUCAGCGCAGAGUGUCUCAGUCUCAACCUGACGCGGAUGUUAGAGCGCCGACUCCGUUGGAGAGACCAGAGAAACGAAUACAAAAGCAAAAGAAGAGAGACCAACAGGAGCAGCAACGCCUGGAGCAGGAGCGCCAGAAACAACAGCAACCGCCACAACGUGAACAGGAAAUUCUGCAGCAAAAGCAAGAUGAGCUCCGCCGACGUCAACAAGAGCAAGAGAAACAAAAACGACAGAACGAAGAGCAGCAGCGGCAGCAGCUUCAACAAGAACAAGAGAGAGGUCAACGAGAGGAGCAGCAGCGACAGCAAAUCAUUCUUAAUGCACAGCGGCGGCAAUCUGAACGGCCCUUUGGUGCAAGUUUGAGUUCGCAAACGUUCAGUCAUCGAUCUGAUGAUUCUCGACCAGCCCAGGAUUACACUACAAACUCGGCGACCCCACCACAGCAAUUUGCUGCUACGACCGCGCCAAUGCAAGCACCUGCACAGCAGAUGCCACAUAGUCGAUUCCUGCCCCAGAUGCGCGCUUCCCCGAAUGUAUCCAUGGAAAGACCUAUGAAAAGACCUACGGGAACCGCCUCUGUCGAACAGAAGAAAGAUGACUAUCUCAAAUCAGAAAUUCGGUCAGCCGGGGUGCAGAAUGCGAUUGCACGUCCCCAGAGUCGAGCAUCUAUUCCCACUCCUGACGAACAGCGCCCUUUAGCGGCGCCCGCUUUUUCUCAAACGAGUCCCCCGAGGGAACCGUAUACAUCGGCAUCCCGCAGUACACUGGAACCGCGUCCUCAAGCAAGUUCUACUAGCUAUACAGGUCCUGGACCUGUGGCCCCAGUAAGAGCUCAAAUGACGAGUCCUAAUAUGCGCCUACCAAGCCUCCCUACAACUAUCGCUCCAAGUCUCUUGACUAGAACCCAUCUGAUCUCAGAUGGCCCAAAGAGAGCCUCACUUCCUGCCUCACUCCCUUCCAUCCCAACCAGACAGACCUUCACAUCCAUUCCCGAUCAUCUACCAGCCAGUCGGCAUGCCUCCCAUGCUUCCUCUCACUCGCAAAAUGCCUCUCCCGUGUUGCCCUCUGCUUCGGGAUCUAAUCAGCUACAAGCAAGCAGUCCGGCUUCCUCUCAAUUGAAAACUUCUUCCAAGCCUGGUCAAGCUCCCAGUACUGCGGCGUCUCUUGCGCCGCAUGCUAGCUCUCAGAGUCAGCCACCACCAUCUCAACCUUCUCCUGCACCCAUGGGUAUUUUCUCACCUCGGCAAUAUACCGGUCCUCUUGGCCAGUACAAGUACCAAACCUCCCAUCCGGCGAAAUCAGACUCGGUCUCUGCACCUACGCCGUCCCCAUUACCAAAACCAACAACAGGUACCGCACCUCAAUUGAGUAGCUCCCAACAACUACCUCAGGCUCCAAACCCUGUGCCAAGCCCUCCUCCCGGCCAGCCAUGGGAUCCUGGUAGAGCUGCGCAAUCUGGGCCGCGGUUUUCGCAGGCCCCGCCUUCUAAAUCGCGUCGAUUGAACAAUGGGACGAAAUUCCAAGUCAAACAAAUGCCGUGUGGCCCCGUGGCUCAAAGAUUCCAAGCUGGCGAUUAUGUUCGAAAGUCCCCGUCUCAAUCACAUAUUCCUCUGAAGCCGGAUAUGAUUCAGCCCAUGAACACUGCCGACGCGCUCAAGAAAUUCAGCUAUGAUCCGGCGACGAUUGCACACGAUGUGUUGAUCAAUUGUGCCAAACAUCCUACAGAAAGGCCCCUGAAUGAACACAUGGCGGCUAUUCGGAACAAGUUCCCGGAGGUUGAUGCUUCUAAAGACUUGACUACUUUCCGCUGGGAUCUCGUGGAAGAAGCUCAAGCGAGUUUGGUCUCCCAAAAUCGGGGGACUGGGGCUGCACCGCCUGUGUCUGACCCACGGGGACUCCCACCGCCCGUCCCGAUCGGUGCGCCCGUUUUAGUCACAAAGCCCCCAGUCACUGGCCUUCCAGGGCUGCCAUCACCAGCACCAGCACCAGCACCAACAACCGCGACGUCACAACCGCAAACACUCCCAGCAAACGCCGCAGCUUUGCCGUGGAUUGAUUUGCACGUCCCCCGUUCCCCCAAUGUGAACAAUCGUUACAAUCCACUUCGUGAGCUCCCAUUUCAGGCACCGGGCUAUCAUUCUCGCGCAUCUUUCACAAAUUCUCGGAAGCUCCCCGGAUCCACCCCGGCCGCAAUCCCCGGCUUCACACCGCCCAACCACCACCAAACAGCUUCCACUGUUUACCCCCCCACUCUCACCUCACUUACCUCACUUACCGCCCCCGCCAAACCCGUCUCCCCCCAAACAACCCAAACAAUCUGCGAAAUUCAAACAUACUCCCAAUCUACCCAACGAGCCACCCCCUCCGCGACACACCCUCCGCGGGCAGAAACUCCGCGCUCGCAUUCCUCCAAAGGCUACCCGGAGCCGCAAGUCAUCGUUCCUCCCUCUCCAAUCAAGAUGUCUUCUGUCAAGACGAGAGGCCGACCAAAGAAGAUUGUCGAGGUGGCCAUCCCCGCUCCGGAGCCCGCUGUCCAAUAUCCUGUGUUUCGAUGCCGGUGGGGAGACUGCCAAUCCGAGUUGCAUAAUCUGAAAGCUCUGGAAAGUCAUCUGAUGCAGAUGCACAUCCCGUACAGUUUCAUUUGCAAGUGGCAGGGCUGCAGUGACACGAACCCCAAGGCAGCUGCGGAUAUGUGGAAUCACGCUCAGGGUGCGCACAUGCGUCCCGUGGCUUGGAAAUUUGGAGAUGGACCAAAAGUACCUGUUACUGCUGAUGACAAAAUUACCCGCUUUACCGUUCCUCUCACUCGGAAUGCGCGCCCGAGUACUAUGACCUUACCGGCGGACAACAGUAUGGCAGUCGCCUACAACCGAUCGCAUGGAAUUCAAACAACGGAGUUAAGUGCCCGUGCAAUGACCGACGGAGGCGUUCGCUGGCUCGACGAUACUGGCGUGACCUCGGAGGCGAGCAGUCAUCGAAUCUCGCCUGUAAUGUGCCAGGAGACGGUCAACCAGGAAGAAAUGGUGGUGGCCAACUGA